CUGAUAGUAAGGCGUUCAACUUCACGAGCUGACCAUAGCGUGCAUCGCUUGUGGCCUACAGAUAGUUUUAAUACAAUGAAUCUGCGAGAUGAUUCAAUAUCAGAUUUUCUGGAAUUUUUGUCUCGUCCAGAAUCUUCAGCUGCAAGCCUGCUUUGGAAAGAUGAACCCAAAGCGACCGAUAUGCUCCGUCGCACCUGCAAGGUUCUUUUCCAACGCACUGAACAUCUCGCAAAGAAGCACCCCACCAUAAUGAAAGAUAACAGCAUAAGUUCGGGGCUUUCCGCUCUACCUGAGCUUUACAUGGGCAGCGUAGACGACUCGGUUGAUGCCGAAACUCUUUGGGGUCAGGUUGAACUGCAAAAUGAAGCUUUGCAGAAGCUGCUGAAGAGAUCAGUGGCACAGCUCGCUAAGAUCGCAGAGGAAGGAGGAUCGUCUAUCAAACUUCUUGAUGACGUUUUGAGUGGAGAUAAUGACGGCGAAAUUUCUGUUGAGGAUCACAUCGAAAGGCAAGACCAUGAAGCAUUGAACGUGAAUGUUGAUGACGCAACCCGACGGGUUUGGGAACGUAUGGAGCGUGCUAUGGACGACGUGGACGAAGAGGAUCCAUCGGAUAACAGUGUAAACAACAUAGUGGUCGGAGAAGAAGACGAGCGUAGAUCUGUUGAUGCAAGUUCGAUCGAAGACCCUGCAGCUGACGAGCUCAAUGACGGGUUCUUUGACAUAAAUGAUAUGGAGGCUUUCGCCGACGAAGAGGAAGAGUAUCUUCCCGACGAAGCUUUUGGUUCUAUACCACCUGAUUCAUCAGAGACAGCUGAUAAUCGAUCGUUCCACCAGAAGCAGCGCGACGGAUAUUUUGACAACAACUCCGAGGAAGUUCUCGACGAUGAGCUUCGUCGUGGAAAGGAAUCUCAAGGAAAUCGAAAGAAAUAUCGAGAAGAUGACGAGAUUGGGGCACUUUAUAAACUUUACGAUACUCCUCGAGACGACGAUACAAAUGGCGAAGAUGCUGAUCCCGUGAACGUGAAAGCUGUUGAUGUUUUUGGAAAGCCAAAGGAGAAGGAUUUUAAGAAAUGGAAUUCUCGAGUGAGAAAUAAAGCAAACGACAAAGGCAACGACGGCGACGACGAUGCAUGGAACGAAGAUGGUGUUGAUCAAGCUAUAGCUAGCAAAACGACAGGUUGGAAUAAUGACGAAGAAGAGUCCGAUGCGGUUAUUGAAUUUAGCCGUGGUGAUACAUCAUCAUUGUACAAAGAACAUGGCGAAAGCAAAAUCGAAAUCGAUCAGAGAUUAAAAGCGGGAAGUUCUACUUUUACGAAACAACAAGAGAGGCUUCGUCGUCAGACAGAAGAACUAGAAAGGGAAAUGAUAGCUGAAAAGCCUUGGCAAAUGACUGAGUCGACGCCGGAAUUUGAGCGCGCUGCCAAAUUGGCACCGGUUAUCACAAUAGAGCACACAGCGGAUCUCGAGGAAAUUAUCAAAAAUCGCAUCAUUGCUGACGAUUGGGAUGACUUGGUGCCUCGAGAGCUGCCUGAUAUUGGCUUUGGUCAAAAGAAAGGCGAGUUACCGGAAGUUAGCCAAGAAAAGUCCAAGCUGGGCCUAGGUGAGCUUUACGAGCGCGAAUAUCUCAAGAAGGCUAUAGGCUACGAUGUGUCUGCUGCUGAAAAAGAAUCAGAAGAAGAGAAAGCAAAAAGUGAAAUGAAGACACUCUUCGCAAACCUUUGUAGCAAGCUUGAUGCUUUAUCCAACUAUCACUUCGCGCCACGCCCUAUUGCAGAGGAGGCUGAGGUGCGACCUGUCACUAAGCCAGCGAUUGCGAUGGAGGAAGUUUUGCCUUUGCAUGUAAGUAAUGCUCGUGGUGUCGCGGCCGAAGAGGUGUACGGCGCGAAACGUGGUAGGGAAGCCAUUCUCCGAAACGAAACCGAGCUUGACCAAAAGGAUCGGAAGCGCGCCAGAAGCUUAAAAAAGACGGCUAGGCGGAAAGCAAGAAAGGAGAAACAAGCGGACGAGAAACUCAUCUCUCGGCUUCAACCCGGGCUUGGGCUUAAUAACCCUUACGAACGCAGGAAAAUGCGUGAAGAACUAUCUGAGGCAAGGGCACGAGGCAAGGUCACAACUGGCGAAACUGACAUGAACGAGUACGGCGGUAGUGGGACUUUCUUUAAGCGCAUGCAGGAAGAAGCUGAGCAGUCUAUUAAUGAUCGUAAGACUGAUGGGUCAGGGAAGAAAAAUGUGCGCUUGCACCCCAAGUCAAGUUCACUGAAGCUUUAA